AUUUCGUUCUAGUGUAAAACAAAAACAAACUUUAUUAUCUUUUUAUCUUCUAUAAUCGUGAGUUUGGAAAUUGGAAAUUUAUAAAUUGCUCGAUUGCUCUAAAAACGGUGAAAACUAAUAACUCUAAGUUUCUAUCCAACAAUUAACCGGGUCUUCAUAAUUUAGCACAAUGGUUAAUUCUACCGAACCCAAAUCCGACAGCGACAAGCAAAAGAACACUUUGGAUAUCGGUCUGUUGGAAGAAGACGAUGAAUUCGAAGAGUUCCCAGUGGAAGAGUGGACUAGUCAAGAUGAAGAAGAUAAAGAGGCUAAUGUUUGGGAAGAUAAUUGGGAUGAUGACAAUGUCGAAGAUGAUUUCAGUGUUCAAUUGAGAGCCGAAUUUGAAAAACAAAAUAUUCCUGCUACCUUUUAAGUUUACUGGUCCAUAAUGUGUUGUUUUUGUAUUAAAUACAUGUAUAAACUAAAAUUAUAAAUUCAUACAGCUAAUAUAGCAUUAUUAAUAUUAAUA